AUGGGUUCAUUUUGUUCAAAGGCUAGUAAGCCAAUUAAGCAAGUUAUGGAUAAAACUUCAAGUACACCACAAAUACGACAACCGCAAGUGCAAUCUAAACUUGAUAAAAGCUCCAAAUCACCUGCGCCAACCAAUAAACAACCUUCGUCUUUAUCCAAUCAGCCGAGAAGAGGAGGAGGAGUUUUAGGAGAAAUUGCUAAGCAAGCAACAGGAGUUGCAAUAGGAACUGCAGCAGGUAGAAAAUUAUCAGAUAUGAUGUUUGAUAAUAAAAAAAAUGAAUCACCUACCGAGACAGAUAAUUCAAAUAAUGAUGUAGAUUAUCAAAUAAAAAAUGAAGAAUUAACUGAGGAUGGCAGUGAUGAACAAGGAGAUCAAGGAGAUGAAGAAAAUGAUGAUGAUUCAGAUUAA